AUGAACAGCCGAAAACACCUGCUCUCGGAGGACCCGGAGCCACCGAUAUCAGUCAAGAAGAUCAGAUUGGAGACUCUACUACAGAAUUUAACAUUGGAACCCACAAGACCCAUAGCUAAGCCAGCCAAGUUCAGUAUAAAUACGAUGUUCAAUUCAGAGCAAGAUUCUCCGAGACAAUCGAGAAUUGACUCUUAUAUCUCUGAGAAGAUCAUGCAAGAAUUCAAAGACAAGUUGUAUCAAGACAAUGCCCUAAUAAAGUGGGUUCCACCCUUUUUGGUGAUCACAGCCCAUUUCCAGAGAUGGGUCAAGCGCCUUUUCAAUAUGUUUGUUAAGCGUUUCAACGAACAUAAUCCCCACAGAGCCCCAAUACGACGGUUUCCAACAUACCUGAAGAUCAUUCAGUUGGUACGAGAUCCAAACGUUGCAUUUACACUUGAUGAUUUGGCCAAUAUACUAAAGGAGUAUAAUUUGAUUGAGAGCAGGAAAUUGGCGUUGAAGAAAGAUAAACGGGCCGAUUCCAAAAAGGUGGAGGAAAUCCACGAAGAGGAGAGGAUAGCAAGAGAGACAAAAUAUGCAUAUUGGGAUCGGUUCAGCAAUCUCCGAGAGGACGUGGUUAUGGAAGAGGGAAUAUAUGGUCUGGAUAUGGAGAUGGACUCGGAUUCGCCGGUGCGGGCAGAGUUCGUGGAGGCUAACUAUGGUAACUACUACUAA